CUUUUCAGAAAGUUUUCUACGGUAUCAUUUACUUUGAGAAGCAAUAAUAAAAAGUCUUAUUUCAUGUCAAAUUCAGUCUUCAUUCUCCUCACACUCUCUCACAUCACACUCAUUCUUUGAAUCCCAGAAAUAGUAAAAUUCACUAAAAAAAAAAAAUGACAACUAGAGGCCAUCAACCACCACAUCCGCAACCAAACGGCGGCGGUGAACAGAGACUAAGACCACCACCACCACCAUCCUCCUAUUCAAACGGCUACCACCAACAACAACAACAACAACAUCCACAAUACUACCCAAGAACACCAGCACGUUCAUCCUCCUCCGCCUCCUUGAAAGGCUGUUGUUGCUGCCUCUUCCUCCUCUUAUCAUUCCUGGCACUUCUCGUCCUCGCAAUCGUCCUCAUCAUUCUCCUCGCUGUCAAACCAAAAAAACCACAAUUCGAUCUUCAAUCAGUCGGCGUUCAAUACGUCGGAAUCACACCAAACAACCCUACCGGAACAACAGCAUCACUUUCCCUAACGAUUCGUCUUCUAUUCACAGCGAGUAAUCCGAACAAAGUAGGGAUCAAGUACGGAGAGUCCAGGUUUACUGUGAUGUACCGUGGAAUUCCGUUAGGGAAAGCUUCAGUGCCUGGAUUUUAUCAAGAAGCUCAUACUAUGAGACAAGUUGUUGCUACAAUUGGUGUUGACAGGGUUAAUUUGUUACAAGCUGAUGCUGCUGAUUUGAUUAGAGAUGCUUCCUUGAAUGAUCGGGUUGAACUUCGGGUUUUGGGUGAUGUUGGUGCUAAGAUCCGGGUCAUGAAUUUUGAUUCACCCAAUGUUCAGGUUUCCGUGGAUUGUGCUAUAGCGAUCAGUCCAAGAAAGCAAUCUCUAACUUACAAGCAGUGUGGAUUCGAUGGAUUGAGUGUGUAAUAUCAUUCUUGUUGGCGCUGUCAAAUGUCCUUAAUUUCUCCCUCGACUCAUUUCUUCGAUUAAUUUUAAGAAGAAAUGAGUAGGAAAAAUAGUUAGAGGAGAUACUGAAUUUACAAUGGCUAUCAAAGGAGUCUCAACAAAUUGUUUAACUCCAUAGUCAAAGGUGGUUUUUUGGAAAAUAUAUUAAAUUAUGUCCCUAAACAUUUUGUUAUAAGAAUUUUGCAUAAACUUUUUAUUUGUUUACUUCCAUUGGAAGGAAAAACACAUCUGUGGAACAACUUGCAAACUGUAAAGUUAAUCAAAUCAGUGGGGUGAGGCAUCUGAGUUAUAGCUUUUGAUAAAACACACACUCUCUCAGCCAAACCUCCACACUUUUCUUUCUUCCAA